UGUUUCCCUUCUGCUGGAAUCUGGCUGUUUUGUUCAGCCGUGCGAUCUUCAUUCAUUCAAAGACACUUCCUGCAUUUCGCCGCCUACUUUGAAACGCCUCAGCCAUGUUCUCUACCCUCGCAUUUGUGGGCUUGAUAUCCGCAGUUUCGGCUCACGGGACUGUGUCUGCUAUUGUGGCGGAUGGUAUUUUCUAUGAAGGAUAUAAUCCAUCCUACCAAUACAUUACUCCAGCCCCAGUUACUGUCGGAUGGAAGAUCCCCACAGAUCUUGGAAACACUUUCAUCCCACCUGACAGCUACACCUCAUCAGACAUCAUCUGCCAUUUGGCAGCGACCAACGCCCAGGCAGCGGCACCGGUGAAGGCAGGUGGGAAAGUCGAGCUUCAAUGGACACCAUGGCCAACCUCACACAAAGGCCCAGUUAUCGACUACCUAGCCAACUGCAAUGGACCUUGCGAGACGGUCGACAAGACAACCCUGGAGUGGUUCAAGAUUGAUGGCGUCGGGCUUCUCAACCCGACCUCCAUGACAGACGGAUACUGGGCCACCGAUGUCCUGAUCGCAAACAACAACAGCUGGACCGUUGAAAUUCCUCCAAGCAUUGCCCCUGGCAACUAUGUCCUCCGCCACGAGAUCAUCGCUCUUCAUUCCGCUGGAUCUGCGGAUGGCGCUCAGAACUAUCCUCAAUGCGUCAAUUUGGCUAUCUCCGGUACAGGGACUGCAAACCCUGCCGGCGUUCUUGCUACCACGUUUUAUACUCCUACCGAGCCGAGUAUCUUGUUCAAUCUUUACGGCACGCUUUCAAACUAUACUGUGCCGGGUCCAGCGUUGUACAGUGCUGCUGUCAGCAUCACCCAGACUCUGCCUGCGGCCCCUACUGCGUCGGCUUCGGGAGUUUAUACGCAGUCCUAAGAUGAAGAGAAGAGGGAUGGAGAUGCGCGAUGCUCAUUUUGCGUCUUGAUGUGCCUUUGACCUGCAGGGCAGAAAGAGAGGAGGCUCUCGAACAUUCUUGUACAUACUUACACACCUCAUAUGAA